AGUAUCUGUGAUCACAUGAUAGCCGUAAAGGCUUUCUGUUUUUCCACACACAGCCUCAAUAGGCCUGGAGACAGCUAUUACGCGGUGUCUUAUUUCAGGCAAACAUGGCCUUUAAAUUUGGAUUUGGAGUAGUAAAAUUCACAGCAGUCAUCACAUAUUUAGUAUGUUUGUGUUCAGGUCAACAAAAUCUAAAUGAGCGUCCAAUUAUUGGUAUAAUGUCACAAGAGACCCAUGGUAGUCUUGCAAAAUUUGGACCGUCGGCGGUUGCCGCAUCCUACGUGAAAUUUGUAGAGUCAGGCGGUGCUCGUGCCGUGCUUGUCAAGAUAAACCAACCGAUUGACUAUUACACUAAACUGUUUAACUCAUUAAAUGGGUUACUGGUACCAGGAGGGGCCCAGGCAGAUGUCCUUAAUUCGGGAUACGGAAAAGCUACAAAAAUAUUUUUUGAUCUGGCUGUAAAGAGCAGUAACAGUGGAGGCUACUUUCCGAUAUGGGGAACUUGUCAAGGACAUGAGCUUCUGGCAUCACUCGUUGCAGGUAAAGAUAUUCUGGUUGGUGGUGUGAAGUCUGAAAACGUCGCGCUGCCGUUACAACUCACCCCAGAUUUUGUUAAAAGUCGUAUCUUUGAUGUAACAAGAACUCCAGGUUAUGUUUUUAAAGCACUGACAACAGAAAAUUCAACAUACAAUCACCAUAAAUUUGCAGUUACCCCAAAGAAUUUUACCAAGUUUGGACUGGAUAAGUUCUUCAGAAUUAUUUCUGUGAAUAAAGAUAGCAAUGGACUUGAAUUUAUUUCAACCAUGGAAGCUUUUGAUCACCCAAUCUAUGCAGUCCAAUGGCACCCUGAGAAGAAUUCAUUUGAAUGGAAUCCACAUAGAGAUUCCGCUAUUCCACACUCUCCCGGCGCUUUGGCUGUCGCCCAACAUGUCGCCAACUUCCUAGUCAGCGAAGCACGGAAGAGCAACCACAGAUUCUCCAGCGAAGAUGAAGCGUCCAAGUACCUCGUCUACAAUUACCAGCCAGUUUACACCGGUGAUGUUGAGUCGUAUGAGCUGUGUUACUUUCUCGAUGUGUGAAAAGAGCAUAUUGUAAUUGUACACUUUGUUUUCGCACAGUCAGUAUUAAUCAUAGUAGUAUGUUUUAUUGGUGUAUUAUCUAUUUCAGGACAACAAUCGAAUCAACAGUGGGCGUGUGUUACUUCAUCAUCACUACCAGCCAUAUAUAAUGCAUAACACAAUGAAAGCCUUUUUAAGAUAAGAUUGCAAUAACGUUUUCUGUCACUUACAUUUUACCAUUUAUACGACCCAUGUUAACAUAAAUUUUAGUCCUAACCUUUAGAUUUUGUCAGUGGGUUUCUUCUUCUAUUAUAUGUUGUUCUUUCAUUUUGUUUUUUUAAAAAAAAAGGAUUUACAGAUCCUUAUCUUGACGUUGUUUUAAAACUCUGUAUAUAUAUUUGAUUAUAUAUAAAUUAUAUAUAUAAUAAAUGAUAUUCCAUUUUUAAUACAUUUUAAAGCAUAAGAUAUAGUGCUUCAACUGGAACACUCAGUAUAUGACUUUCAAAUUUCUAUUGAAAUGUCAUUUUUAUAGUAUGCAUGCUAAUGUUAUUUUUGUAUAAAGGUCUGUCCCUAUUAAGUUUUAUGCGCCAAUUUCUUCUAAAUUGGCCAUAUAUGGACAUGAAGGUAUGUAAGAGCUUGUGGUGCAGCGUGUAAGGUGUUGGACUUCUAAUCGUAAGAUCGUGAGUUUGAGACUGACGCUUGUCGCAUUGCUUGUGUCCUUGGGCAAGGCACUUUACUUACGUUUGCCUCUCUCCACCCACGAGUAUAAAUGGGUACCUGGUAGGAUGAUGUCGCAUUGCAAGUAUUAGUCUGUGUCGUCAUUAAAUUGCACGCACAACUAGGAAUAUUCCCCAGGGAGUGGAGGAGGUUGCACUUUGUACUGGUUUGAUUGUGGAUCCGAUGACCAGGGGUAAAAUAACAACAUCGCCAGUGCCCUGUAUCCCUUGGCAAAAGGCAUGGUAUAAAUCUCUAUAUAUUAUUGUGAUGUCAUACCACACCCAUAUAUGGUCAAAAUGAUGUCAUAUAUGGGCACAUUUCUGGAAUUUGUUACAUAACAUAGCAAUUGGUAGUACUGUGAAUGGUGUUAAACAGUACUGAUAGGAAGAGAUAGGCUGGGUUUAUGUAUUUUUAUAUUAUGUAUAUUUGAAUUAUUAAUUCACAUGAAGAAUAUAUAGCCUUUUUUAUAUUUUUUUUUUGUAGAAUAAAGUUCUUAUUUUCAUAUAAUUUGGUGUUUUCAUUUCACUUAUUUGCCUCAACUAUUGCAACUAUAUGGGCACAUUUCUGGAAUUUGUUACAUAACAUAGCAAUUGGUAAUAUUGUGAAUGGUGUUAAACAGUACUGAUAGGGUGAGAUAGGCUGGGUUUAUGUGUUUUUAUAUUAUGUAUAUUUGAAUUUUUAAUUCACAUGAAGAAUAUAUAGCCUUUUUAUAUUUUUUUUGUAGAAUAAAGUUCUUAUUUUAAUAUAA